GACUCGAACAGCCCUUUUGAGGUUGACAACUCAUUCAGGCCGGCACUCCUCUCGGUCGCUACUAGUAGGGAGCAGUGGAUUCUGAAGGCGAAGUAACGACGACUACAUGCAUGAGGCAUUUGACGCAGGCCAUACUGGUUGGACGGCCAUGUUUCAAGGGAUGACUGUGUCUGGCGCUUAGCUAGAACACGCAUCGGGUCGACAAUACCAUGACCUGUUUCCGCACGUUGUCUGCCUGGCACCCUUGUCAAGGAUCCGGCACUAUGGUAUCAGGGUUGAAAGGGACCUAUUUUCGCCCCCAGAUAACCAGUUCUCUUCCAGCACUCAACCGCCAGAAGUCGGUCUCAACCUGGCGGCUGUUUUGGUCUGGAUGCUUCCGAAAAUAGACAAAAGAGGUAUAUGAUCUGGAAACAAAACUCGUUCGGCACCGUUUCUUUCUAUCGGAGGACUUGCUCUGUGGUUCAGCGUCUCUCAUUCCAUUGAAGAUACUGUCUUGUGCUCCCUUCGCUGACAGGUUUUGGGGAAGCGUCUAACCCAAGUCCUUUCUCACACUUGCGCAUACUGUCCACGCAUACGAGUUCAAGAUUGUGAUGUUUGAGAAACGAGCCGAAGAUGUGGUCGUCAGCGAGAUCAAAGAUUUUCAAAGAUUCGCUCAUAUACACUGGCGAGCGCCAACUGUUAUGGGCGUCAGCUUCCUCAGCGCUGUGGUCUUGAUGGGCUUUCAUCACGGCUUUUACCUGCUCAUGGAGGGUGAACCCGCGAGCAGCACCCUGCUACAAUCAUGGGCUAGCCGCGCUGGGACAGCACUGGCUUUCCUGGCCAGACUUUUCCUAGCCAUUGGGACAGGAGUCGCCUAUGAUCAGUGUCUGUGGGUCGACUUGCAUGCAAGGUCUCACGACAUGAACUCAUUAGAUUCGAUGUUUUCAAUUCUCGGAAACGCUUUCGAGUUCCUCCACCUACGGAUCUGGAUUCGAAAACCAGCUUUAGCUUUCAUCGCCGCUGUGACUUGGCUUUUGCCCAUCUCGGCCGUCUUCACACCUGGCACAUUAUCAGUGCAGGCUGUUUUGCAUUCCAGUAACGAAACUCUUCAAGUAGGAGAACGUGCUUACACUACCAACACUGAUCUCUACUGCGGUUACGCAACAAACGACGAUGGCAAUACCACCUCUUACGUCGAGCUAGCUACGGGCCUCUUUAUCCCGACCAUGGCUACCCUGCUCGGCAAUGGAGUCGUACCUGUCCAGUCAUCGGACACAAAUGUCACAUACGAUAUUCAAUUCUCUGGCCCUGCAGUGACCUGUAAUCGCUCCAGUGAUCAAGACCUUGAACUGGCAAAGCAGGCAAUAGCCGAGUAUGAAAACAGCACAAGCACCCGUGUCUUCUACUACGGCUGGGUCCCGCAGGCUGGCUGGGACUCGAAUGUGAAUGGAUCCUUUUUUGCCUCGGACAACCUUCAGCUUGGCAACAUCCGGUUGGAUGUGGUGUCUCAAGAUGCAGCUAAGCUCUUCAUCUACCUGAACACCACGGGUGUCGAUUCCUCAGCGAAGCCAGCGCCUUUUGUCGGCACGCCAUCAGCACAAAUGAUCACAUGUGCUCUCUACAACGCCUCUUAUGCAGCACAUUUCGAGGUAAAUAGUACGGGCACACAAAAAGUUACAGCGUCCGCAACAUUCCAGAAUUGGAUGCCUGCCUUUUCUAUCGUGGACGGAGUGGCAGGAGAUCCGCUGGUCAGCCGUCAGAUGAAUAUGCAAGCGGUAAUGGAAGGCUUCGGAAUGAUGACCAUAGGUCCCAUCACUUUCGGAUUUGAUGGUUCAAUGAGCAUCACCUCUGUGUACGCAUUGCAAUUGAAUCAGGCGAUGUAUCCGGCCAAGGAGGGAAUGGAUCAGACCUCACUUACAGAACGCCAGAUAUCGCUGAGCGAAGCAUUGUUCCGGAACAUGACCCUCAGUAUGCUCUUUGGCGUCGUGAAUGGACAAGUCGGUGAGAACCAGAUCUCUACGCUGGCUCUCAGUAGAUAUUUUGAGCCUGAGUUCGUCUAUCAGCCUCGAGCAUUGCUUAUUGCAUACGGAAUCAGUGCAGGGUUGGCGUUGAUUUGCAUUUUGAUGGGUAUUCGUGCACUGCUGCAAAAUGGCGCCUCUUACACGAGUUCUUUCUCAACAAUUGUGAGAGUGACGAGAGACCCGGCCCUGUCAAGGUUGAUCGCAGACGAGGACGAUCUUCAAGGCGCUGAGCCUGUGCCGAAGCACAUAUCGCGGGUCGAAGUACGCCUUGGGCGAAGUGCCAAAGCGUCACCAAGCUAUUCAUCCAGCUGGAUCUAGUCGUCUGGAUGCCAUCUUUGUGGUCAAGGGUCGUAUUGUGUACGAUGUGCUGUAGGAGAUAUGAGUUUAUGAGCUAUAUUUUGGUGGUGUGAUCCUCAACCGUUG